AAAUUAAGCGUUUACUUAGCUAAAUAAUCAAUUUAAGGUUCUCUGUUUGUUGGCUGAAUUGUAUAGAAUAAGCUAGUGGACAGAAAUUGCUAUGAAAAAACUAACAAGAAUAUCUUUGGCCAUUACUGUGAAGUUUACUAACCAUAAUUUGACAUAAUCAUAUUCUUAAGUUAGUUGAAAUUUAUUCAUACAUAAGAAAUACCCAAUAUCUACGCCCAAUAAUAUUAAUGGUCUUUCACUGGCCCAAUACCCAAUAAUAUCUGUGUCAAAAAAAAAAAAAAAAAAAACCAAUAUUAUCAAUCAAUAAAUAAUUUCCUCUUCUCUCUGCUAAUGCUACCGCAACAAUGGCGGAAUACGACUUAACACCACCAAUGUCAUCUUGUGUUUCCAUUGCUGGAGUUUCUUCAAGAACGCGAAUUGUACUAUGAUGCUCAGCUCUUCAAGAAUAAAAUCGACUUCCUCUACAAAACUAACAUGGUUGAUGGAGUUCCUCAAGGGAGAAAAAGCCUUCUUAUUGAUGGCAGAUCCAUUGUGUCCUUGGAAGUAUGCUCAAAUAAGGACUCUAUUUCACCCAGCCUACAAGUGAUUUGUUUGUUGGGGAAGCCUGGGGAAUGGUCAUGCUUUCAUGAUUGGGCCAGAGCAGAUUGAGGCAUUGUGUCUGUACGUAAAAUUUCAAUUUGAAUGUGGGAACUAUUCUGGUGCAGCUGAUUUUCUCUAUCAAUACAGAGCCCUGUGCACCGACUGUGUAAGAAGUCUCAGCACAUUGUGGGGGAUGCUUGCUGCUGAGAUUCUAAUGCAAAACUGGGACAUUGCGCUUUAGGAGCUUAAUCGUACAAAAGAGAUAAUGGAUUCUAAGGUACAGAGCAGGAUAUGGCUGAUGCACUGGAGCUUAUACAUCUUUUUUAACCAUGACAAUAGCAAGACACUGAUGAUUCAUCAACCAGGACAAGUAAGUCACUAAGUUGAUCAUUAUAUAUCUGUUUCUGUAAAUUUAUUUUAUUUAUCUGUUUCCAUUUGCCCUUGUCGUUUAAGAAGCUCUGUUGACUGUUGCUAAUUUCACUUUUAAUUUCCAAAUCAACACAUACUUUAGAACUAUGUAUGUGAAGUGAAUGUUUCUCAAUAUAUUGGCAUAGUGCCAUAGUUCUCUAUAUGUGCCUGAAAAUUCAGCAUAUUUAUCCCCAAAAUGAGCAUGUAACAUUAUCUUGCAGGUAUCUUAAUGCCUAUUCAAACAAUUGCUCCUCAUCUUUUGCGUUAUCUUGCUACUGCAUUCAUUUUAUAAUAGCAUUAAGUGAGAUAUAAUCUUUACAAAUAUUGUUUACAUAAGAAUUCUGUAGCUGAUAUGCACCCUUUAUUCUGUAGUUGAUAUGCAGUUAUGCACCCUUUAGGAGAUAAAAUGUCAAAGUAAAGACUUGUUACCCUUACUUGAAUAAAAAUAUUUAUGGUAAUCAGAUGGAGACAUAAUCUCCCAAUCUGGCAUAGUUUAUCGAUUAAACUAAUAGUCAUGCAUUAUACAUAUAUUGGUAAUAAAACAACCCUUACGCUUACAGUUACAUAUAAUAUAUUUUUUAAAAUAGAAUUGAUUUAGGGAUGUAUGAGACGUUUAACUUUUAUUUUGGCAGAACGUUUAAUUUAAAAUUUUCUCAUAUAGGUUGACAUACCACAAUUUUGCCUUAGUGAUUGUGUAUAUGUAAAAAUGAGUUAGGAAUAAGCUUGAUAGCUAGUACUACAUUAUGUAUGUGUUCAUUGGAAGUUUGGAACAUUACAUUUGAAAAGUCAGUAAGUCAUGAACCAAAACAAACGGUAAGAAGACUUUGAAAAUAAAUGCUUUCAUGAACCAAAUUAAUCAAACAAUAAGACGACUUUUGUCACACACACACCGCAAGAUUAGACCCAUCAAUCGGGUCAGUCGGGUUGGGUUGUGGUCUGGUCACUUUCGGUCAUGGUUCAUUUAGGUAGGGUCACUUCGGGUGGUUGAGAAAUGCUCAACAUUAACUUAAAGUUUUUUGUUCGAGUCAACCCAACGGUUAAGACUAAUUUUUUGAUUUAGUUUAUUUUUGACUAAUUUUUAGAAAUAUUUGCACCGUGUAUUAUUAGACUGUUCAAGGAUCAUUUAAUGUUGUGGUCCGUAGUCUGGCUAUUUGCAUGUUACCUUUGACUCUUUGAGCAUGACUAUAACUAAAGUCACACAAUCAGCUCCCAUUCACGAGAUGAUAUAUGAACUCUACUCGUACAAAAAAGAUCUCAUGUAAUAUUCACACAUACAUUUCAACUUUAUGUUUUUCAUCCGUUAAUAUUCUCCCGUAUCCUUUAAAUUUAUCAAAAACAAAGGUGCAAUUCAACCAUGAAAACGCUAAAAUACCUUAUUAUAAUAUACAUAUAUGAUCAUACUAUGUUGGCUUGUUCUGUUUUGCUACUCGAUUCCUGCUAUUGCAGGAGAUGAGACUGAGGUUGGAGAGCAUAGUAGCAUCAAGUAUAUCGACCGCGAGAGAAAAGCUCUGCUUCGAUUCAAGGAAGGAAUUGAAUCUGAUUAUUGUGGGCUUCUGUCUUCUUGGGGAGACGUAGAAGACUGCUGCCGGUGGCGUGGGAUUAGCUGCAACAAUCACACUGGCCAUGUCAUCAUGCUUCAUCUUCAAGGUAUAAAUGUAUCCAUGUCUUGUCUGAAAGGGCCUAUUCCAAGUUCAUUUGGGAAGUACAUGCACUCCCUUUCAUAUCUUGACCUCUCUUUUAAUCAAUUUGAAGGUUCCGUUCCUAUUACUUUUUCAAACUUGAGGGCCUUGAGAAUACUCUCAUUAUGUGGCAAUAACCUUGAUGGCCCCCUUUUAAAUGCCUUCCAAGCUCUAUCAUGUGGGUGUGCGAACAAAUCAUGUCUGGAGCAUCUGGAUUUGAGUGUGAAUCAGUUCUGGGGCUCUAUUCCGAACAUGAUUACUACUUUUUCAUCAAUCAAAGAAUUACAUCUUUAUAAGAAUCAUCUGAAUGGAACAAUCAGUCAAGGUAUUGGGCAACUUUCUAUGCUUGAGAUUUUGGAUGUUUUUAAUAAUUCCUUAAAAGCUACUCUCAACCACAAUCAUUUCUUAAAUCUUUCACGGUUGAGAAUAUUAGACUUGUCAAACAACCCGGCACUAGUGCUUGACAUCAAUCAAAAUUGGAUUCCCUGCUUUCAUUUGAACGUUAUAGGUUUGAGAUCUUGCAAGUUGGGCCCUUCCUUCCCAAAAUGGCUUCUAACUCAAACUAAUUUCUCCUACCUUGAUAUAUCCAGUGCUCAAAUUUCUGGUGAACUUCCUCUUGCCUUUUGGACAAAAUCGUUGUCGUCCAAUCUAAGAUAUGUAAACAUGUCUCACAAUAUGAUUCAUGGGGUGCUCCCUGAUUUAUCAACAUCCUUUGAGACCCUCCAAGUUAUUGACUUGAGCUCAAACUACUUUGAGGGAUCAAUCCCAUCUUUUGUUGGAGAUAAAAAUGUUGAGUCCAUACGCCUAAACGAUAACAUGUUUUCGGAUGGCUCUCUGCUAUUGUGUCCAAGAAUAGCUAAUUCAAAGCUAGAAGAGCUUGACCUAUCAAACAACUUGUUGUCUGGAAAAAUUCCAAACUGUUUGAUGAAAAUGGAUAAACUCGUAUAUUUGCACUUGGAAAACAAUAAAUUAUCUGGAAAUAUACCAACAUCCAUUGGUGACCUAGCACAACUUGAAUAUUUGCACUUGCAAAAUAAUAGCUUUUCAGGAGAGAUCCCAAUGUCAUUGUUGAACUGUACGUUUUUAUCGUUUCUAAAUGUUGGGAAUAAUUAUUUAACUGGCUAUAUACCACCAAGCAUCGGAAACACUAUACUAGAUCUCGCUUUUCUUAAGUUACGCGGUAACAAGUUUUUUGGAAAAUUGCCUUUAAGCCUUUGUCAGUUAUCCAAUCUUCGCAUGUUGGAUGUUGCCAUGAACCACAUAUCUGGCACUAUUCCAAAUUGCAUAUAUAAUUUGACAGCGUUGAUGAACGGGUCAGAACACCUAUUUUUUUAUGAAGAUGGUUUUGACAUUGGUGAAGAUAAUCACAUGGUUGAAUUGUUAGAGGAAGCUGUAGUAAUUGAGUGGAAAAGAGAAGAGCGGAGAUUUGGAAAAGCUUUAUUAAGACUAUUGAAUUAUAUUGAUUUGUCAAACAAUGAGCUAGAAGGAGAAUGUGCAAGUGUUGUACUUAUUAGAGGGCUAUGUAUGCUCUUGUAAUAAACAGAACUUUCUAAGUUUCUAUCUCUGUUUUCCAGUGGCUUAGCCCACAAUCUAGCGAGUUUUAAAAAGUUAACUUGUCAGAGUACUUUAUAAAUGUUAAGGCGAGUUUAAGGUUAA